AUGUGGUUGUUGAAGGCUGCCAAAGAUUGUAAAUCGCUGUUGAAGAAACACUUAACCGAAGAGGUCGUUAAUGAGCUGAAGCAGAAAAAAACGAAGUUGGGUGCAACACUUAUGGAUGUCAUUCAAUCUGGUGUUGAAAAUCUUGAUUCGGGAAUUGGGGUGUACGCACCGGACGCAGAAUCGUAUACGCUCUUUGCACCACUUUUCAAUCCUUUAAUCGAGGAGUAUCAUAAUGGAUUUGGCCCGAGCGACAAACAACCUGUUGUUGAUCUCGGUGAAGGUAAAACUGCUCAACUAGUGGAUCUCGAUCCUGAGGGUAAAUAUAUCAAGUCGACAAGAAUUCGAUGCGGACGAUCUAUACAAGGAUAUCCAUUCAAUCCAUGUCUUACUGAGGCGAACUACAAAGAAAUGGAAAAUCAAGUUAUUAUCACUAUUACCUCAUUUCUUCAGCAUAUUUGA